UAUUACUGUCUUUUUUUAUGCUAAUUAUAUAUAUAGAUACUAAUGAAUCGAAUGAAGAAACGGUUAGAUUGAUUAGAUUGGUUAGAUUUAUACAACAAUUAAGUAAUACUGAUGGUAAAUUGAGAUCACCGAUCGACUUGAAUAUCAGCCAAAUGAAAGUCAUUAAAUUAAAUCCUUUACAGUGGUUUAACUAUAAUGUCACGCCAAAAAAAUUAAAAAUCACCAACACUGGAUACACUGUAAUGCUUAGUGCAACAUGGCGCGCAGAAAUGCCGUAUUUGUGCAGUGGCCCUUAUGUCGGCGAUUAUGUCUUUUCGCAGCUCCAUUUCCAUUGGGGCAAGACUGACAUGGACGGCAGUGAACACCAUAUCGACGGUGGAAGUAUGCCGAUGGAAAUGCAUGCAGUACAUUAUAGAGGUGAUUACGAAACUCAAAUAGCAGCUCUUCGUCAAAAUGGUGGUGUUACCAUCUUGGUAUAUUUAUUUCAGCUACAGGCAGCCCCUAAUCCACUUUUGGAUGAUAUCAUAAAUGCAUUACCCUUUGUCCAAGCAGCUCAUUCUUCCAUCCGUUUAAUACCUUUCCCUAUAGCAAAUAUUAUGAAACGCUUUCAAAAUGAUUACUUCGUUUAUUGGGGUUCCAUAAUGAUGGCAAAUAUCAAACAUAAAAUACUUUGGUUAAUCAGCAGGAAACCAUUAGGAAUAUCUGUCGAGCAAAUUGCGGAGUUCCGAACAUUGUGCAAUGAACGAAAAAUGCCAAUUUUAUCAAAUUGUCAACCAUUGCAAGUUAGAGGUAACAGAAAUGUUUUCCACGUAUCCCCCAGUGGAUCUACAUAUGCAACACUUCUGCCCAUUCGUAAUGCCAAUAAUAAAUAUAUUCAAGAUAAAAACAAGAAUAAACAAUAG